AUGUUUCUAAAACAAGAUACAAAAAUGGCACCCACAACACUCUUUCUUAUUCUUCUCCUAGUGCACAUUUCCAAUUCCAACACAGGCGAUGCCACAAAACCUGCACCAAAAUUCCCAUCAGUUCUAGUGUUUGGCGAUUCAACAGUCGACACUGGCAACAACAAUUACCUCAAAACAUUGUUCAAGGGCAACCAUUACCCUUAUGGCAAAGAUUUCCCUGGCCAAAUCCCCACAGGCAGAUUCUCUAAUGGAAAACUAGUGCCUGACUUUUUGGCCUCCAUUUUAAACAUCAAGCAAACAGUUCCUCCUUUUCUCGACCCGAGCCUUUCGGAUAACGACCUCAUCACUGGCGUCUGCUUCGCGUCGGGUGGAUCCGGAUACGAUGAUAUAACCGCUGCUGGCGCCGGAAUCCUAGCGUUUUCGAAGCAGAUUGAGUUGUUCAAGGAAUAUGUAGCGAGAGUUAAGAGGACUUUAGGGGAUAAGGAGGCAAAGAAGUUGAUUAGUAGUUCAUUGGUUGUAGUAAGUGCAGGUACUAAUGACUUUGGUUUUAAUUUCUAUGACAUUCCCACAAGAAGGUUAGAGUUCAACAUUAGUGGAUACCAAGAUUUUCUGCUGAAUAAGCUGCAGAUAUUUAUUGAGGAACUGUAUAAGCUUGGAUGCAGAAAACUGGCAAUAGCAGGGCUUCCUCCAGUUGGUUGCCUUCCCAUACAAGUUACUGUAAAAUUUGGGAAACCAAAUGAUGGACGAUGUGUGGAUGAUGAGAAUUCAGAUUCCCAAAUAUACAAUCAAAAGCUUGUAAAACUAUUGCCCAAAAUUCAGUCACUGUUGCCAGGGAGCAGAAUUGUUUACGUAGAUGUCUAUGAGCCGUUGAUUGACAUGAUCAACAAUCCACAUAAAUUUGGUUUCGUGGAAACGAAAAGAGGUUGCUGCGGUACUGGGUCUGUGGAAGCAGGGCCUUUGUGCAAUGCACUGACUCCGGUAUGUGCCGAUGACACGGAGUACUUGUUUUGGGAUAGCAUACAUCCAAGCGAAGCAACUUACCAGUACCUCUCGAAGUACCUAGAGAAGAAUGUGCUUCCCAAGUUUGCUUAUCGUAAUCAAUCGCGGCGGUCGAUUACUCGGUCCGGCCAUCCCCAUCGGGCAGAUGAUCGAUACUGA